CCUUCUCCCUUCCAUCUUCCUCUCCUCACCUCUUUCUUCCCUCCUCUUCCUCUCAUCUAGGAGGACACAUUUCAACAAGAGAGGGGACAUUUUAUGCUUACCAUUGUCUGCUAAUAUUCAGAGGGAGUUGAAAGUUAACCAGAAAAAUUUAGAAGCUUUCUAGCAGUGGGCCAAGGAGCAAAGAGAAGCGGCCCACCUCUGCAGCAGGGAGCAGCCGUCUCUCCGCUGAAGAGCAUCUGGGGUGAACUGACAAGUGUGGUGCAUCAGCUGCCAAAGCAUGCAGGGGUCUUGAUGGGGGGAAGAUCCGCCUCUGGGGUUUGAUAAUCUGGCUGGUAUUUAUACGGAAGGCAUCCCACCGCAAAGUCCCCGAGGGAAGAGAGGCGUUUCCUGCGGCACUAGGUCCCCUGCACCACGUUUUGUCACAGCCAUGUGUGAAGAGGAGACAACGGCCUUGGUUUGCGACAACGGCUCCGGGCUCUGCAAGGCUGGCUUUGCUGGGGAUGACGCCCCUCGUGCAGUCUUCCCCUCCAUCGUGGGACGCCCACGUCACCAGGGUGUGAUGGUGGGGAUGGGCCAGAAAGACAGCUACGUGGGGGACGAGGCCCAAAGCAAGAGAGGAAUCCUGACCCUGAAGUACCCCAUUGAACACGGCAUCAUCACCAACUGGGACGACAUGGAGAAGAUCUGGCACCACUCCUUCUACAAUGAAUUGCGAGUGGCCCCGGAAGAGCACCCCACGUUGCUCACAGAGGCACCCCUGAACCCCAAGGCAAACCGGGAGAAGAUGACCCAGAUUAUGUUUGAGACCUUUAAUGUCCCAGCCAUGUAUGUUGCCAUCCAGGCUGUCUUGUCUCUUUACGCAUCUGGCCGAACCACAGGUAUCGUCCUGGACUCUGGUGACGGUGUCACUCACAACGUGCCCAUUUACGAAGGCUAUGCUCUGCCUCAUGCAAUUAUGCGCCUGGAUCUGGCUGGCCGGGACCUCACGGACUACCUCAUGAAAAUCCUCACAGAGCGAGGAUAUUCUUUUGUCACCACCGCUGAAAGAGAAAUUGUGCGGGACAUCAAAGAGAAGUUGUGCUACGUCGCCCUGGAUUUUGAGAAUGAGAUGGCCACAGCAGCUUCCUCGUCAUCCCUGGAGAAAAGCUACGAGCUGCCUGAUGGACAGGUCAUCACCAUCGGCAACGAGCGGUUCCGUUGCCCCGAAACCCUCUUCCAGCCCUCCUUCAUAGGCAUGGAAUCGGCUGGCAUCCACGAGACGACAUACAAUUCCAUCAUGAAAUGUGACAUUGACAUCCGCAAGGAUCUUUAUGCCAACAAUGUUCUUUCCGGAGGCACCACCAUGUAUCCUGGCAUCGCAGACAGAAUGCAAAAAGAAAUCACCGCCUUGGCUCCCAGUACAAUGAAAAUAAAGAUUAUUGCUCCCCCCGAGCGCAAAUAUUCUGUUUGGAUUGGAGGCUCCAUUCUGGCCUCUCUCUCCACCUUCCAGCAAAUGUGGAUAAGCAAACCAGAAUAUGACGAAGCCGGCCCUUCAAUUGUACACCGGAAGUGCUUCUAAAGACCCAAACCAGAUUAUUCUCAAGCCAGAAGUCUCCUUCCUUCCUUCCUUCCUUCCUUCCUUCCUUCCUUCCUUCCUUCCUUCCUUCCUUCCUUCCUUCCUCCCUCCCUCUCUCCCUCCCUCCCUCCCUCCCUUCCUUCCUUCCUUCCUUCCUUCUCUGCAUUGAGUUCUGAACCUUGCAAGUAGCAUUAAACACUGUUUUUCAAGCCA